GAGACUUUUGCUGAUGAGGCAGAGAUAGAUGACGUAAAGCAUGAACAAUUGCUAAAUGCGGUAUUUGCACUUAAUGGGCGAAAAAGAAAUACAAAUGUUAUACGGGGUCUUUCUUCCACAUGCAGUAGUGUGGACCUUUUUGUGCAUGCAAGAGGCACCUCUAAAAUACAACUUAGGGACUUGAAUCUGAAGCAAAGCAAAAGACAAAGUCAGCUGAAGAAGCCCAGAAGUGGUUUUGAGACUGAAAAGGCACAGCGGCAGGUGGCCAGAGACACCUUGGCUUCUGAAAUGUCAAAGUGGGAUCCUGUUGUUCAUGAGAUCAGAGCUGCUACACAGACUGUUUUCUCAAAACGGCCACAUGGUAUCAAAAUGUAUGAAGCUGUCCAGUCACAACCGUUCACACCUCGGACAGCAUUAGAAAAAGAAAUUUACGAAGCUUUGGGGAAAAGCGAAGACAUCAUUCACCCAAAUCAAGAACUGACGACAGCUGAGCAAAGAGCUUUAAAUGUUAUGUCUGUCAAGGAGGCUAAACAACGUCGUGCUGAAUUACUGAGACACCAUGAGCUCCUGUCAAGGGUAGAACUUAAAGCAAAAUGGCAGAAUAAAAUCAAGAGCAAAAGGUAUCGGAAAACAGUACGAAAGGAAAAAGUGAUGGCUGAGAAGAAACUAUUAGAGGAGCUGCAGAAGGAAAACCCUGAAGCAUUUUUAGAGAGACUGGGCCAGAUUGAAAAGGAACGAGUGGAGGAACGUUUUACCCUGAAGCACAAAGGUGGCGGCAAGUUCUCACGAAUGCAUAAGGCAUACAGCAAGUUUGACGAUAAGACAAGAGAAGCUUUUCAAGAAAUGUUGCAAAAGAGUCGUGAGCUUACUAAAAAACAGCAGGAAGUUAGCAGUUGCGAGGAUGACAAUGGAGACACUAACACCAAUGAGGCAGACAAGAAUGAAAACACAGUUGCGAGCAAUGACGCAGGUGAAAAUGAUGAUGCAAAAAAGACAGAAUACAGAGUAAGCCAGCUGGAAUUUUUGAAAGCUGUGAACAGAAAAGCAUGUGGCUGGUUGGAUGUCAACAGGACAUUUGUUCACAGUCAACUGGUGUCUGAGACCAACAAAGAAGGCCCUAGAAAAAACAGAAAUUCAGAAUCAAAAGAAAAAGCAGUGGUGGAAGUCACACUCCAGCCUGUUGAAGACAAAAUACUGGAUGAUAAAGAUGUUGAUGAAAACGAUAGUGAUGUUAAAAUGAAGGUUACGAUGGAGGAGCUGUUUAAUGAUGAAGAUCUUGUUGAACAAUUUCUAACUGAGAAAGCUGAUGCUGAGGACAAAAAUCUGCCCAAGCAUGACACCAAACUGCCAGGUUGGGGAAACUGGGCAGGUCCUGACUAUAGCAAGUCAAAGGAGAGGAAGAAACAAAAAACUAUUACAUCACACAGACAGAGAACCCAACAGGAUAAUGUGUGGCUGAAUCCAAACAGGGAUAUGUCGAUAAGAAAGCUACAGCCCAAGACUCUUCCGUUCCCAUAUACAUCACUGCAGCAGUAUGAAGCAUCUGUUCGGCAGCCGAUCUCUCGUGGUUUCGUCCGAGAAACAGCUCACAAACUGCUCACUAAACCUGAGAUAGUUCUGAAGCUGGGUCACAUUGUGGGGCCUCUCGAAAAAGAUGACUACUUCAAGUCAGCCUAA